CCAACACAUUUUCUUAAAAAAAUAAAAAAUUUAAUUUUACAAAAUCAAUCAACUAAACGAUCUAAUAAUAAUUUGCUCAACCAAAAAAUCAGGUGCAAGAACACUUGGAUGUUGCAUCCAUGUUACUGUAUGUUGAACAUAGACAAUGCCUGUGGACACUGUCUACUUCAGUACAAGAUCUCUUUUGAAAAGUAUACGUUCUAGGCUGUUCUAUUUUCUAGUAUGCAGGUCAAAGCAACCAUCUACGUGAUCUCUAUUUAAUCCAAAUUAAUGACUGUCGAAUUUUGAAAAUCAUAUUUGGAGACACACACAUACACAGAGAGAGAGAGAGAGAGAGAACCUUUGUGUCUCUGGAAAUGAAGAAAUGCAAUGUCCUUUUACCCCUUGUGCAUCUUUUCUUUGGAGUUUCUUCCAUUGUUGCUGCUACAACAGGAGCUGGGAAUGAGACAGAUUAUCUUGCUUUAUCAGAAUUCAAGGCAAAGAUUGUUAAGGACCCUCAAAAUGUCAUGAAGUCAUGGAAUGAUUCCAUGCAUUUCUGCAAUUGGGAAGGUGUCACAUGUGGCAGUAGACAAAGCAGAGUCACCAUUCUUAAUCUUCAAUCUAAAGGCUUGUCAGGUUCUUUGCCUCCUCACAUAGGAAACAUGAGUUUCCUUACAGAGAUCACACUUCAAAACAACACCUUACAAGGUAACAUCCCUUCAGAACUAGGCCGUUUGUUGAGGCUGCAAGUUCUAAACCUGGGCAACAACUCCUUUGAAGGCAAAAUCCCAGCCAACUUGUCCUCUUGCUCAAACCUCACAGUCCUUCGCUUAUCAUACAACAAGCUUGUAGGACAGAUUCCAACUGAAAUCACAAGUUUUUCCAGGCUCAGGGAACUCUGGAUCCACAACAACUAUUUGACAGGAGGCAUUCCAUCAUCAAUCGCCAAUCUUAGCUUGCUAGAAACUUUAUCUGCAAGUGAUAAUUUCUUUGGUGGAAGGAUUCCAGAUUCUCUGGGGAAGCUGAAUCACCUGUCAGCUAUUGGACUUGGUAGAACUAACCUCUCAGGUAUUAUCCCUCCAUCCAUUUAUAAUAUAUCUUCCAUCAGUAUAUUCUCCAUGCCUUAUAAUUCACUUUCUGGAAAACUUCCAUCAAACAUUGGUCUCCUCCUACCAAAUCUUGAGUUUCUGCAAGUAUCAGGAAAUCAACUUGAAGGAUCAAUUCCAAUAUCACUAUCUAAUGCGUCAAAACUCGAACGUAUUAGCAUAGGAAGAAAUAAAUUCACAGAAAAAGUAGGUGUCCAUUUUGGGAGCAUGCAAAGACUUGUGCUGUUGAUUUUGGCAGAAAAUAAUCUUGGAAGCCUGGAAGGUGGUGAUUUGAAUUUUAUCACUUCUUUAGCAAAUUGCAGCAGUUUGGUGAGGCUGCAUUUAUCUAGGAACCAAUUUAAGGGAGUGUUGCCUAACUCCAUGGCUAAUCUAUCUUCUACACUUGAGUGGAUGUCCAUUGAUGAAAAUCAAAUACACGGUAGUCUUCCUCCUGGCUUGUCUAAUCUUGUCAACUUGUCAACAAUGGAUCUUCAGUUUAACAAAAUCUCAGGUACUCUUCCUACAGAAUUUGGUAAGCUGCAAAAACUGCAACGCUUGUUUCUGAACCAGAAUAGAUUAUCAGGAACCGUUCCUCCCUCUAUGGGAAAUUUAUCUUUGCUGAAUGAACUUCACUUGCAGCAAAAUCAAUUAGAAGGAACCAUACCUUCCAGCCUUGGUAAUUGCCAUGAGUUACUGUUCUUGAAUCUUUCUCAAAAUAAAUUGAAUGGUUCCAUUCCAAAACAGCUUUUUUCUAUUCAAUCCAAGUUGGUUGGAAUAGAUUUAUCUGAAAAUCAUCUGGUGGAAUCUCUUCCUUCACAGAUUGGAAAUUUAUUCAAUUUGAAUACAUUGGAUGUUUCUCAAAACAAGUUGUCUGGAGAAAUUCCAAUCAACCUUGGUCAGUGCAAUAGCCUUGAGUUUCUUUACAUGGGCAGUAACAACUUUCAAGGAACCAUACCUGCGUCCCUAGCUUCAUUAAGGGGUCUUAAACUAUUCGACCUCUCAAAAAACAACAUCUCAGGAAAAAUUCCAGAAUUUUUAGAGAAUCUUGCACUGGAAUUUUUUAACAUGUCCUUCAAUGAUUUUGAGGGUGAAGUUCCUGCCAAAGGUGUUUUUGCAAGUAAAAAAGCAAUAUCAGUUGAAGGUAACAAGAAGCUAUGUGGAGGCAUUCCAGAAUUACAAUUGCCUAAAUGCAUCAUUCAAACAUCAAAGAAACAAAAGAGCAAGCGACAUCUUGUGAAAAUUGUUGUAAUAGCCUUAUCAUCUGCUUCUUGUGUCAUUGUUCUGUUAACCUUCCUGAGUUAUAGGUGCAGAAAGAUAAAAAGACAGCAAUCUCCUGAUUUAUUGGAAACAGGGUCAUUGUACAGACUUUCAUAUGACAGGAUUCUUAAAGCAACAGAUGGAUUCUCUUCAACAAAUUUAGUUGGUGUGGGAAGUUUUGGCUCAGUUUACAAAGGCAUUUUUAGUGAUGGAGUAAUUGUUGCAAUCAAAGUAUUCAAUCCUCAACAAGAAGGAGCUGUUAGGAGUUUUAUGGCCGAGUGUAAAGCCUUGAGAAACGUACGCCACCGAAAUCUUGUGAAGAUCAUAACUUCUUGCUCAAGCAUUGAUUUUCAGGGAAAUGAUUUUAGAGCACUUGUAUAUGAGUAUAUGCCAAAUGGAAACUUAGAUCAGUGGUUGCAUCAGAACUCAAGAAUAGAUGUUAAACUAGAUGAACAUCAGAAUCUUAACCUUCUUCAAAGGAUAAGCAUUGCAUUAGAUGUCGGAAAUGCACUAGAUUAUCUUCAUCGACAUUGCCAUAAGCCAAUUGUCCAUUGUGAUUUAAAGCCAAGCAAUAUUCUUCUAGACAAUGACAUGACUGCACAUGUAGGAGAUUUUGGACUAGCAAAGUUUCUCUCAGAACUUACUAAUCCAGUUCAAAGCAGUUCAAUUGGUGUCAGAGGAACAAUUGGCUAUGCAGCUCCAGAAUAUGGUUUUGGAAGUGAGGUGUCGACAAGUGGAGAUGUUUACAGUUAUGGGAUCCUACUGCUAGAGAUGAUGACAGGAAAGAAGCCCACUGAUGAUAUUUUUGUGGAAGGUCUUAACAUUCAGAAAUUUGCUAGAAUGGCAUUGCUUGACCAAGUUUUGGAAGUUGCAGACCCAAGCCUUUUACAAGAAGAAGCAAGAGUAAACUGCAAUGAAAGUUCAAUACAAACAAGGAAUCACUGCAUAGUAGAAUGUCUAAUUUCUGUGAUCAGAGUUGGGCUAGCUUGUUCCAUGGAGUAUCCUCACCAAAGAAUGGAUAUAAGCAAUGCAGUGAAUGAGCUCCAGACAAUAAAAGACAAGUUCAUACGAGAAAAUGAGAGGGUUGUCUCUGCAUAGGAGUGAGUAUUCUUACCAAUAGAUAUAUAUUUGGCAUAAAUUGAAUGAGUGAGACGACUCAGUUUGGAGAUAAUAAUAAUAAAGGCCAAUUAAAUGAAUUUUUCUCUCUUAGGAAUAA